UAAGAAAUUUGCCAUUCUCAUCUCUCCAAGCUGCAAUGUCCACAACUCUCCUCCUCCUCUUAUUCAUCCUUGCAACACUAGCUCAUUUCUCUUAUGCUAAUCCUCUCUGCACUCCUUCUUCGUGUGGUGUUAUUCGUAACAUCAGCUACCCUUUCCGCCUCAAUGGCGAUCCCAGCCACUGCGGCCAUCUCAUAUUAACAUGCCAACACAACCUCACCUAUAUCUCUCUCCACUUUCAUAACUACUCUGUGAAAGCCAUCGACUACCAAAACUCCAGCAUCAGAGUGGCUGAUGCUUCCCUCAACAAUCACAACAUCUGCUCUUUCCCCAUCUCUUCUGCUUAUGAACAAGAUGAGUACUUUAGAGAUGAUUCUGGUAACUAUUACGACACCCCAUAUUCAAUCUAUCCACAUGAUUAUUAUAAAACCACCCAUAUCAAUUUGAUGAGCUGCCCUAAAUCUAAUCCCAUGAAGAAUUCAUCCCUCUACACCAACAUUUCUACUAAUUGUUCUAUAAUGAAUGAUAGACAUUCAUAUAUAAUGGUCGGAUUCAUGCGUGCCUCAGAGAAAUCCACCACUCUCUCUUGUAUGGAUUUGAACUCAACUUCUGCACCGACUGCAAACCAUGGUCAUUACCCUCAUUCUGGUGGUGUAAGAAUCAUAGAAUAUCAUUGUUUAAUAUCUAAUGAUUUUGUGUUUAUGAACAUUAUCUCACUUGCUACUCCUCUAGUUAUGUAUGCAGUGGUGCUUCGCCCAGUUCCUCUACUCAUUUUAGGGAUGCUAUGUGCAGUAAUAGGCCCUCCUAUAUUCACCCUCUUUGGAAUCGCAGCUCUAUCAAUGGCCUUAUUUCAAACAUGGUUGCUAUACGGCAGCAUAUUCAUACAAUACCGUUUGCUGUGUGCAGUAAUAAGCCCUCCUAUACUCAUAUUCGCAGCUUUAUCAAUGGGCUUACUUCGAACUUACGCUCCGUACUACGACAUAAACAUACCACCACCACGCUUCGGUUUCCUAUUUGAUGUAGGCGACAUGGAAUUAGUAAUCGAAUUGAUCAUCUUGCUACCAAAGUUUAUCCUUUUUCCUGUUGCUAUGUGGAUUUUGAUCAAGAAAUUUCGGAGAAGACACAUGUCUAUGUAUAAAAAUAUAGAAAGCUUCUUAAGAAGUGACAACGAACUCGCACCAAUUAGAUAUUCAUAUUCAGACAUUAAGAAGAUGACCGGAGGCUUUCAAGAUAAACUGGGUGAAGGUGGCUACGCAUCUGUUUACAAAGGGAAGGUCCGAAGUGGCUUUCAUGUAGCUGUCAAAUUACUCAAAAAAUCUGGAGGAAGUGGAAAAGACUUCAUGAAUGAAAUUUCAACUAUUGGAAGGAUCCACCAUGUCAAUGUGGUGAAACUCAUUGGAUAUUGUGCACACGGCUCCAAACGUGCGCUUAUCUAUGAUUUCAUGCCCAACGGUUCCCUUGAUAAAUAUCUUUUCAAUAGAGACAAAACGAUCUCAUUGAGUUGGGAUACGAAGUUUGAGAUUGCAGUUGGUGUUGCUCGUGGGAUUGAGUAUCUGCACCGAGGGUGUGACGUUCAAAUCCUGCAUUUUGACAUCAAGCCUCAUAACAUACUUCUUGAUGAUAACUUCAUCCCGAAAAUAUCAGAUUUUGGGCUAGCAAAGUUUUUCUCAACGGAUAAAACUACUGUGACUAUGACUGCUGCUAGAGGAACCAUAGGAUAUGUUGCUCCUGAACUAAUUAGCAGGAGUAUUGGAGCAGUCUCUUUUAAGGCUGACGUUUAUAGUUUCGGGAUGUUGUUGAUGGAAAUGGUGAGUUUGAAGAAAGACUUGAUAGGGAACAACGACAAUUCGAGUCAGUAUUUUCCAUAUUGGAUAUAUGACUAUUUCAGCCAAGGGAAGGAUAUUGAAGUUGUGAAUGGUGGUGAGGAUGGAAACGAUGAUGAUAGUUGGAGGAAAUUUGGUCGGAAGAUGACAAUAGUUGCAUUAUGGUGCAUACAGAUGAAUCCAGAUAAUCGUCCAUCAAUGCACAAAGUGUUGGAAAUGUUGGAAGGUGAUGUUGAACGUAUAAUGAUUCCCGAGUAUCCUUCGCAAUCUAUUCAAGUCACCAUGGAUCAAACAUGUUCCACUGAUUCAGUAUCAUUGCUGGAACAUGAUGAUGCUUCAACCAGUGUUGAGAUUAUAGUUGAAUAACCAUAUAGUUGUAAAUCGCGUAAAUAUUGUAAAAUGUCCUAGUAUUUAGGUUUAUGUCAUUAUGUGUGUGUGCCCCAUGCUCUAAUAAAUUGAGUUUACUAAAA